AUGAAUGAGUUUGGCAUCGCCACUUUGUCUCUCGGAAAUUGGAGAGAGCACCGGCUCACUCCCCGACUCGAAGCAGCUGCCAAGGCCGGUUACCAAUGGAUUGACCUCUUCGACGAGUGCUGGGCUGCCUAUCUGGAGGAACACGGACUUCCCGGCGAUCAACUAUGGGAGCCAACUCCUGAGAAUCUCCGCGUUGCAGGCAAGCUGGGUGAUCUUGUGAAAUCGUUGGGAAUGCGCAUUGCUUGUACCCAGCCUCUGCGGAAGAUCGAGGGUGUGAAAGACCCCGAGGAACGCCGAGCAACCCUCGACUUGGUUGCCAAGCGGUUCCCGUUUAUGCGUGCCUUCGACACCGAUCUCGUGUUCAUGUGCGCCAAUAUUCGCACCGAUGAAGGAGUAACAUCUGACCUGAAGACCGUGGCUCGAGAUCUCGCAGAGCUGGGCGACAUGGCUGCUGCAUAUGCAAGGAAGGAUGGAGGACGUAUGCUCAAGAUCGGCUAUGAGGGUCUGUCCUGGGCGACAAGAAACACAUGGUCAGCCUCGUGGGAAGCGGUGAGGUUCGCCAACCGUCCAAAUGUUGGACUGAUCGUCGAUGCAUUCAAUGUCCUAGCUGUGGAGUUUGCAGACCCUUACAACCCAGCCGGACAUGGGCGCAUCUAUCCGACUCUGGAGGAGUCCCUUGAUGUCCUCGCCGGAUCUAUGGCAUCUCUGGCGCGCACCGUUCCAGGAGACCGAAUCUUCUUUUUCCAGUGCGGCGACGCGGAGCUAGUGAAUCCAGCAACAUUCCAUCCACCGACCGACCCAGACACCCCAGCUCUUCUCCCCUGGUCGAGAAACCAUCGUCUGUACCCUUUAGAGCAAUCACUAGGGGGGUAUAUGCCCGUGGAGCUCGUAGCCGCUGCUGUGCUUGCGACGGGGUAUAAAGGACCAAUGUCCCUCGAGGUCUUCAACACCUCUCUGAACCAACCUGGAAAUGAUGUACCAAUAGUCCAUGCCUCUCGGGGCAUCGUCAGUCUCCAAAGAAUGAUGGAGGUUGCAAGAUCGUUACCUCGUUUCUGGGAGAGUCAAGCCGAUGAACACCAAGCGAUAUCCACAGUCGCCCGACGCUUGCGAACAUCGAGUCAGAGGCUAUAG